GAUUAGACUUUUUGGAAGAAUUAAAAAAACCAACCAUGGAAGAAGAAAAUCAACAAAAACCUCCAACUCCAGUUCCGGCAACUGAACUACCGCAACCAACUGAAAACCCUAAAAUCCCGACUCAAAAUCCUUCUUCUCUUCCUCCUCUUCCUCCUAAUCAUACCGCCAAGAAGAGAAAGCUUGCUGAUAAUGUUGAUACCAAUAGUAAGUGUUUCAAGAUCCGUGCAAUUGUUAAAGAUCUUCGCCCUAAUUUCAUCGAGGUUCUGCGAACUCCUGAUUUCCGAAACAGUAAAGCUGCGGAAGAAAUUAAAACAAAGAUGAACCUCCUGAUAGUUUUGUAUAAACAAUUGGUGUCUGAGACAGUCUCAACUACAACUUGCAAUUCUGGGGUUCAAUCCUUGCCAGGAGAAAGCAAGGUUGAACAGAUCCCCUUGGAGAAGCUCCCAGAGGAAAAGCUUGCAGCACAACCUCAACCUCCACCUCAACCUGACCAAAUUCCACAAAAAGUAAGUGAACCUACAUUGGAUGUGAAUAACUCCAACAGUGCCGUGCAAGAUGUCAUGUUUGAAGGGACAUAUGUUGUUGGGGGUUCGAAUUUUGGUUGGAAUUUCAUCAUGCAUCCUGGUGGUAAACCAGUCUAUUACGGGGUAACAAGAGAAUCACGCAAAUUAGCGAAGGAACCUUGCUCGGACAAGUAAAACCGUCCUUGUCCCACCACCCGGAAGUGUCCAAACUGCUGCAAGGUUAAUGCACGUUUCGUCUCAGAUUCAGCUGCAUCGACCGCCAAUUCAAGACGAUUGUGCCUCAUUGCACUUUGAUUUCAACCCAUCGAUGGCGUACAUGACUUUUGCAUGUUUUUCUGUAGACCAAGUACGGUGGAAUGUAAAGUGCAGUUCGUUUGCACACCUGUAACAUUAGCUUUGAUUUAGCUCAGGAAACAACUUGUAACACGACUAAUGAAUUUAACGGUGUUUUCUUGUAAGGUUAACUAAAACCUAAUGAAUUUUUUUUUACUGUUCCAAUUAUUGGUUCCUUCUGAAA